AUGCUCUACUGGAUGGUCGGUUUGAAUGAAUCGGGGUAUAUUGGCACGAUCGAGAAGCAUGUUCACAGCAUUCUAAAGGACACUAACAAAGAUCUCUCUCAUCCUCAUGAUGCCCUCGAGGUCACCAGAGAUCCUUACACUCUGGACGCUUCCCAUGUCUCCAACACUCUGACACAGGCAUGCCUCUACGCGGCCACGGUUCUCCACAGGCUCAAGCACAAAGACAUUUCGAAAGCUGUUUUGGUCCCCGACUUCAGCUCAGAAUAUUCCAAGCUUUGUUAUUCCCUCGACCCCGCCGCCCUCCUCUGCCAGCUGCGGGACUACGUCUACGCCUGCUGCCACCAGCUGGCGUUCCUAAAGUCGCACUGUUCUCGAGUCUCCCAGCACGGAGGUUGGAAGAAUCAUGACUAUGGCCAUGGUGUGUCUCCCCAAAAGUCCCCCCUGCAGGCUUUCCUGACUGACGCCUCCGACUCCAAUUUCGAGACUCAUCCCUUCGACCCGUGUGACAUCUGCCUCAAGAGCCGUGUCAACAUGGGAUUCAGGGAGAAGGAUUAUUCUGAGAACCCCAAAGAUGGCAAGUAUAUCGUCACUAUCCUCUCUCCCACCUGCGGCGGCGCGGAUCCCCUGCUGACGUUGUCCUCUUACCUCAGCUGCCUCACCAGGCGGACGCCGCGUACCACAGGGGAACUUGUGUCGUUCUUCCACAAUUUCGGGAAUUCGCUGCACAGUCAUCCUUCAGCGUUGUCUUUACUGGGCUCCGCCCUCUCCCAGCCACAUGAAAACUGCCCCGACUGGGACAUCCUUGGUGCCGCCGACCUACAAGCCAUCAAUGGCGCCCGGGGCUCCGCCACUCCCAACUCCAACCACGACAAGGUCCAUGCCAAGACCCUGUCCACGCUGCUUGGCUGUGGCAUCGAUAAUGUGUAG